GUCUUCAGUGUACACAGACAAGAUGGCAGCAUCAGCGGAAGACGAGUUUGAAGAUGCGCCUGAUGUGGAGCCGUUAGAGCCAACACUGAAGAAUAUCAUCGAGCAGAAGUCUUUGAAAUGGAUAUUUGUCGGUGGGAAGGGUGGUGUUGGUAAAACGACGUGUAGUUGCAGUUUGGCUGUCCAGCUCGCUGCUGUAAGGGAGAGUGUCCUCAUCAUCUCCACCGAUCCCGCACAUAACAUCUCCGAUGCUUUUGACCAGAAGUUCUCAAAGGUGCCUACUAAGGUCAAGGGCUAUGACAACCUCUUUGCAAUGGAGAUUGACCCGAGCCUGGGUGUGGCAGAGCUGCCUGAUGAGUUCUUCGAGGAGGACAACAUGCUCAGCAUGGGUAAGAAGAUGAUGCAGGAGGCCAUGAGCGCCUUCCCUGGCAUCGACGAGGCCAUGAGCUACGCUGAGGUCAUGAGGUUAGUGAAAGGAAUGAACUUCUCAGUGGUGGUCUUUGACACUGCCCCUACCGGCCACACACUGCGACUGCUCAACUUUCCGACCAUCGUGGAGCGUGGUCUGGGCCGCCUCAUGCAGAUAAAGAACCAGAUCAGCCCUUUCAUCUCUCAGAUGUGUAACAUGCUCGGUCUGGGUGACAUGAACGCAGACCAGCUGGCCUCUAAGCUGGAGGAAACCCUGCCAGUCAUCCGCUCAGUCAGUGAGCAGUUCAAAGAUCCUGAACAAACCACCUUCAUCUGUGUGUGCAUCGCUGAGUUCCUCUCCCUGUACGAGACGGAGCGGCUGAUCCAGGAGCUGGCCAAGUGCCGCAUCGACACACACAACAUCAUCGUCAACCAACUUGUUUUCCCCGAAUCAGAGAGGCCGUGCAAAAUGUGUGAAGCCCGCCAUAAAAUUCAGUCCAAGUAUUUAGACCAGAUGGAGGACCUUUAUGAAGAUUUCCACAUAGUCAAGUUACCACUGCUGCCCCAUGAAGUUCGAGGUGCCGACAAGGUCAACACGUUCUCUAAGCAACUUCUGGAACCCUACAAACCUCCAAAUAAGUGAUCUCCCUCCCCUCCCUACAGGAGCUCCCCUCUCCCUCCUACAGACCACACCUUUACAGUCUGAACUACAGUCUGAGUCCCCCGCCCCCCCAAACAGCCUCAAACUGAUCCACUCCUCAGUCCUCAGUCCGUCAUCCAAAGCAGAGCACUGCUUCAGCAGGACACGCAGCCCUUGUUGAAGGCUAUCUGAUGAAAUCACACACCUACAUAACCUGCUUUAUUGUUACAGAGAUAGAGUAAAGAUUUGUGCUGCCCUACUCUCGGUUCACCUUCUCCUUCCUUCUGAGUAGCAGUCCUACUAUUCCUUCUCAAAGCAUUUAACU